ACAACCCUACUGCGUUGGUGACAGAACUAUUGUUGAUUUUUUUUUCCAGUGGAUGUGCGAGAGCAGUCAUCUCAACGAAAAGUUAAAUUUUAUUUUAAAGUUAACGCUAUCAUGGAACCAGGAAAAACAUACAUUAUCGAAAAUCAACCGAUAGUGAUAGAUCCUCAUACUCAGACCCAAAGUCGAGUAGUGCUUCAUUGCUCAGAAACAUCUAAAGUUGAUCCUAGCUGGGUUGAUUUAGGACUCGGUUACCAAAUUCGGCUGGAGAAAAAAUCACCAGAAAAGCUGCAACCUGAAGAACCGGAAAAGGUAGACACGGUGGAACCCUUGCUAUAUUUCGUAGAAAUUCGUGAUCUCGAUGAACCAACUUGCAUCAGUCUCAAAAUAAAACUACAACCAGAUGCACCUAACAAAAAUCAACUGGAAACGAUAGAUGAUUUUAUACAUAAGUGUAACUUUUGUGUCAGUCGAUUCUCUGUGAUGGGACAGCUGAGAAAUCAUUUACCUCGGCACGCUAAGACAGAUUGCAGUCAUUGCAAAGCGAAAUUUUUCAACGACUACGAACGGGAUUGGCAUCUGCGCCGGGACCAUCGAGAGGAUCCCAAUUUCGAAAAGAAAGUAGGCGUACACUACUUUUGCCGAUGCUGCCAUUUGAGUUUUCCUAUAAAAGAUGAAAUAUUCACACACUUGCGGAAGUGCCAUCAAGUAUAUGUCGAAAGAGAGCUGGAGAAAAUACAAAGUCUUUCGACUCCACAUUACUCCACAGUGGCUGUUCGUGACAGAGACGCUGAUGCGAUUCGUUGCGUAUAUUGUGACCAAAGUUUUAAAACCUCAGACUCAUUGACCGAACAUUUCCGAAGCAAACACAUGAACAGCAUUUGCGAAUGUAAUUACUGUUCGGAAACCUUCAGCAGGCCGAGUAUUUUACGAAAGCACCAAAAAGACGUACACGGGGUAAUAUCGAACCACAGGACUCCCACUCGCAGCAAACCACCAUAUUGAAGCUCACCCCCAACUGUGAUGUAAAUAUUUUAAAUUGACUAAUAUGGGAUGAGACUCAUAAAAGGAAUUAAAAGGCGUGAUUAUUGUUCGAUGACAUUUCGACGGUCGGAUAACUUGGAUGUUGGUCCUCCGGAAGUAUCGCCUGUAUUUAAAUUGCGUGUUGACGUAAAUUUGGAAUCGCGUAUCGGUCUUCGGAAAUACUUGACUAUAAUUGUAAUAUUUCGAAAUUUUAGAUUUGUUGUCCUAUUAUAACAUACCAUUGGCCUU